AUGGCCAGUGACGAUUCGGAUAAUGACGUCUCUCUGACUCCACCCUCUCUAGGAAAGACGACGGAGCAGCACGGUUCACCGAAAACAUUGUCCUUAAACGAACUCGGUCAGGAUGCCGACGAUGCAUCAGACGGAAAGGACUCACCGACAGAGCAGAAAGACGGUCAGAGUAGGACGUACAGCUAUAUGAGCCCAAUCAGCAGUGAUGUAGACGACGUUCCAGAAAAGCCUGAAGGAGGAGAUCGCACUAAACCGGCCAGGAGUCGGUCGAGGAAGAGUUCACACCAAGAAAUGCCUCGAAGGAGAGGAAGCGUCAGAAAGACACCGGGACGUAGCGAUAUCGCCACAGUUAAAAGCGAGUCUGAGCUGGAAGAGCACGUUACGGAAGCGUCACAAAGGAUGAGACGUCGGGCGAAGACGCCACGGAAGGGCUCAGACCAGGAAUCCAGAAAUGGGGUCACAAAGAAAGCGCCCACGUCCGGUGGCGCGUCAGAGGACGAAGCCGCUAAAGACUCUGCAGAGCGUCAAACCAAAAACAGUAGAAGUGAGCGCAGGCGUUCAGAUCCUGCGUCCUUCGACAACGACGAGGACGUGAAAGAGAAGCCAAAAAAGCGGCGUGUCAAAGUGACUCCGAAGCGGAAAGCUCAAGCUUUAAUAAAUUUACUCGGGGAGUCCGAUCAGCCGGAGCAACCUCCUGAGGGAUCACGCAAGCCACGAGUUAAGGAAAAAGAGGGAGCGAGCCCUCGUAAAGCCGUUCCCAUCGAGUGCGAAAUAUGCGGUCGGAGCAUCCGGUGCAAAGCCAUAUUGGAGAGGCACAUGCUCUCACACACAGGAGAGAAGCCAUUUGGAUGUGACGAGUGCGGCAAGCACUACACCAGCAGCUCCAACCUGCGCAUCCACCAGCUCAGCCAUAGCGGCAAGAUGGACUACGUUUGCAACGAGUGCGGCCAGAAGUUCACUCACCUGCCGUAUCUGAAAAGACACCUGUUGAGGCACGCGGGGAAGAAGAUGCACAUUUGUGAACACUGUGGCAAAGGCUUCAUCCAGAAAUACCACCUCCUGCGCCACCUCUUGGUACACACCAAGCAAACGCCGCAUAUCUGUGACAGGUGUGGUAUGAGCUUCAACCGGACAGACAACCUGAGACUACACCUGCACAGCGUCCACCAGAUCGAAAGGGACUUACCCGAGGCCAAGCCGGAAAAACUUUACACGUGCGAGACGUGCAAUAAAUCGUUCGUCAGCCAGGCUUCGCUGGAAAUACACAAACGCAUACACACGGGGGCCAUGCCGUAUUCGUGCACCGUAUGCUCGCGCCAGUUCAAACAGUCGAGUCACCUGUAUUCACACAUGUUCACACACGCCAGUGAGAAGCCACAUGCGUGUAACCUCUGUGAGCUGAAGUUCACUCGCAGAACCUACCUGCGAAAGCACAAAGAAAGGGUGCACGUCGGAGCCGGAGAGCUACAAAGUUCUUGA